AUGCCGCUGGAGUCCGUCUUCGGAGAUGGCGCGGCGGGUGCUGGAGAGUUCGUUUGCUCAUGCAAAUGGUGCAAGCGGGACCAGAACACGCCCCAGCCGCUGAACCAUCUGAAGGAGAGGAAUCCGUUCUUAUGCUGGCGCCGCCAGGGAGGGCGGGAGUGCAGCAUUUGCCCGAACAUGAUAGCUGCAGACCCAGACUACAAGAACAUGAACAGGCAGGUUCUCCUGGAUUCUGUGACGCCAGGCCAUGAGUCUUAUUCCGAGGAAAACCAGAAGGCCCUCGACGGUAAGCUCGCGAAGUACGAGUCGGACAGGAACACGAACGGGGGCAGGGUGCGGGCAACCCCCAGUGGCCGCCAGACCGUCCAAGCACGCUCGACGGCGAUGACCGAGAGCCGGAAGUUCGUGGGCUACUUGUGGCCCACCGCGUACUGGUCUGAGAACAAUGGUGGGGCCAAGCCCGACCGGAAGCAACUCGGGAGUACGAAACAUCAAGGCAAAAAGGUCACCGGCGUCUGGAUGAAAGAGGCCGGCCCAGACCCCACUCGUGCCAUCGAGGUGUGGACUGUCAGCCAGGACGCCGUCGACCGCAACGGCGAGCUCGCGUCCACGGCGUACGGCGACAUUGCAGACGUCGACAAAGCUCAAGAGCAAGCUUUGAAACGGGUGAGGGUCUCCUCAACCGAGAAGGACGGGGCCCUGAAAGUGACCAGUGGGCGUGGCCACGCUGCUGCGGGCGACGUGGAUGCGGACGACCUUUUUCUGGAUUCCGUGUUCAGCAGGAAGCAUGGGGCGAAUGGCAGUGGGGGCUCCCGCAGCGACGAAGCGGAUUGCGACGGGGAUGCGGGCACCGGUGGCCCCCCCGCGGACGAGGGGGAGACGGCGCCGACGAGCCCGAGGGCCAGACCCAAGGCAAAGGCUAAGGCAAAGCCAAAGCCAAAGGCCUUACCCGAGCUAACCCCCGUGAAGCAAUGGUCAAAGACGGUUGUGCAGAAAGCUUUCAACGAGUCCGAGCAGGCCUCGUUGAAGUGCAAGCAGUUCCGCCAGAGUUUCACCGACCCCCGCCUGGUGCUCACGCUGACCGCCAAGACUGUGGAGACUUUGGUCGCUGCCGUGGAGAAGCGGCUCACCUCGGACUUGAUCAACAUGUACUCGUCGAACUACUCCGACACGGGCGCCGUCUUGCCAGGGGAGCCCGACGCAGAAUCCCAGGGCAUGCAGGUGUUCACCCAGUUGCGCGAGAACCAACGUUUCUUGCGUGUCGUGACGGGCUUGGUCACCAGCUUGCAGGCCACGCAGGGCGAGCUUGUCUCGGCAGAGAUGCUGAUGUCAGAGUACACGAAGGUGAAAGAAGCAAAGGUGGACGUGACGGACUACAUCCUGGAAGUGGUGGUGACGCGCGCGGCCAAGGCGGCGGGCCAGGAGAAAGACUGGGACCGCCUCGUGGACAUUCUUAAUCCAACGUCCUCGAACGACCACGGCCUUCCGAUCGUCGCGCUCGACGACCGGGCGGCCCUGCAGAAGAGAAUCUUGCUGGAGUAUGUCUUGGGCUUCGCCAAGGUGGAGCCGGACAAGACGAAACCGACGGAAUGCACGAAGGUGGCGGACGCCAUGGCUGGCAUGGGGGCCCUGCUCUCCAAAGUGCCUGUGGCUACGGAGGUCGGGGAGAACCCUUUCAUCCUGGACGCUGCCUUCAAGGACGACCUCGAGAAGUUCACCCUGCUGCUGCGCGCCCCCGCCCUCGAGGACGGCGAGUUGUUGACGCGGGCUGAGGUGGCGCGGGACGGGCUAGUUGCGAACAAACAGGGUGCCUUCUACAAGGCGGUCACCUUGUACAGUACUGGCAUGGCCGCGCGAGUCGAGGCGGAGAAGGUUUUCGAGCGCAGGCACGCCGACAAGGCGAACAGCGUGAUCUUGCAAGAGUUGGUUGCGAAGGUCGAUGCUUUGGCAACGGCGGCCGCCAACGUCGCCAGUUUCACGGUGGUGACGAAGGUGAAUGGCCAGUCAACCCCAUCGGGCGUGAAGCUGCCGCAUCAUUCGGACAUCGCGGACGCAUACAAGAAGUUCACGGGCAUCACGUCUACUUGCUCCUCGGUUUUCACCAAGGUCUCGAAGGGCGACCUUGCCCGGGUCGAACAGUUGCUCGGCAGGUUCGUCGUUUCGGCAAGGGAAGCGUCCAAGGCCGUCAGGGAUAGCCGGGCCGCGGCGGCGGCGAAAGUCGCCACCCCGAUCUUCAACAAUGCUUUUGGCGAGGAGGGAGACGUGACCCGAGUGGAGGAGGCCAUCGGCGGCCUGACGUGCGUCCCAGCGAAGGACAUGGCUUUCCUGGCAGGCAUUGGCGGCACCGAGGCCGCCAAGGCGUACGAGGAGGACGUGGCUAAGUUCGAUGCGGCCGCAGCUGACUUGAAGGCGGGCGUCCCCUGGCUGCAGAACCUCUCCCAGAACAACGUUGACAUCUUGGACGGCAAAGGGAAGAAGUUCCUCGCCGCCUUGACGCUCCUUGCCGAGUGGCUUGCUGGGGCGACGGAGUUCAAUGCCUUCCAGCAAGCAGUGGUGGCUAAAGUUGUCGAGGGGGUGCGCGCCCGUCUCACCAGCGGCCUCUCGACGAUUUCUGGCUUCGUUACGGCGAUGUCGAAGAGUGUGGAGGACGUAGACGUCGCCUCGAUCACCACGUCGCUCGUCGACGCGGCGGUGCCGAAAGCUUUGGUGAAGGCGGCCAGCGACGAGGACGCGCAGGAUUCGGACCAGCUCGGCAAGGUGGCAGCCUUUGCAGUCCAGUGCGCCUCCUUCGCCGGCAUGUCCGCAGACAUUACGGUGGGCGACGGGGCAGUGGCAUUCCCCGUUUGCUGCGCCAGCCCCCAGCUUUACAAGGCAUGCCGCGCGGCGCGGACCUUCCACCAGGGCCUCCUGACGGCGGGCUUCUCCCAGCUAGCUCCCCUUCGGAACGCCUUGGCGGCCAUUCACGCAGCCUCAGAGGUCCUGCGCGCCGACGUCGUCCCGCAGUUCGGCGGUUUGGCGGCGCACGUCGGCAAGGUGCAGGGACACGUCGAGACGGCGUGCCGCGGGGCGCUGGAGACCUGGCUGGCUAAGCAGGCGGAGUCUUGCAGGGAGGCGGUGGACCGCGUGAGUAAGGCGCUGGAGGACCCAGACUGCCAGGCCUUGGUGAAGCGUUUGGGGGCCGCAGAGAUUGACGUAUCCGAGGUGAAGAAGGCCCUCGAGCACGAGUGCGUCACCAACCUCCACGAGGCUAUGAAGCAGGUGCGGGUGCUCGAGAAGGAAGCCGACUUCUCCUACGUUGCUGGCUGGCUCAACACAUACAAGAUGUUCGACGGCAUCCUUCUGCAGCGCACGCAGGAGGAAGUCGCGGACGCUUUCAAGGAGGAGUCCCCGCAGCUGAAGGCGGCGGGAUCUGUUCUGGCGGACUUCACGCUUGCGCAGAGCACGGUGCGGCCGCUAGGCCCCGGGGAAGUCCGCCACGACCUGGUUCAGAGGAUCCUGGGCGGCUUGAAGAAGCGCAAGUGGCACGCCAUCAGCCCAUCCUUGCAGGAGCGGCUCGAGUCGGCGAGCAAGAAGGCCAAGAAGGGCGCCGCCGGCGAGGCAGCGUCCGCGGCUGCGCCCUCGGUCGCGGCCGCCCCCGCGGCCGCGGCCCCCCCGGCGGCUGCAAAACCUAAAAAGGGGGCUGACAAGAAACACAACCCAUGA